AUGAAUAUUUUCAGAAUCUUAGGUGAUUUGUCUCAUUUGGCAAGUAUAUUGAUCCUUAUCUACACUAUUCGGAGUACUCAUGUGAUUGAAGGUAUUUCUUUCAAGACUCAAACUUUAUAUGCUUUGGUUUUCAUAACUCGUUAUGUAGAUCUAUUGACUUUCAACUAUAUUUCCUUCUACAACACUAUAAUGAAGAUUUUCUUCAUUGUAUCCUCGGCGUACAUUGUGGUAUUAUUACAAAGUUACCAAAAGAGUAAUUCAAUUGCUUAUAAAGAAAUGAUUCUCGCUGAUAACUUUAAGAUUCAAUAUAUAUUAGCUGCUAGUUUUGCAUUAUCUCUAGUAUUGAACUAUAAGUUUUCAGUCAUUGAAAUUCUUUGGAGUUUCUCUCUAUGGUUGGAAAGUUUUGCCAUCUUGCCUCAAUUGUUCAUGUUAUCAAAGAGUGGGAAAUCUAAAAGUUUAACCAUUCACUACAUUUUUGCUUUAGGUCUAUACAGAGCUUUAUAUAUUCCAAAUUGGGCUUGGAGAUAUUAUGCAGAAGAAAAAGUUCAAAGUAUUGCUUUGCUUGCUGGGAUUAUUCAAACAUUAAUUUAUUCUGAUUUCUUUUACAUUUAUUAUAAGAAAGUCAUUAGAGGUAAUAAAAGUGAUUUACCACAUUAUGUCUAA